AUGGCAGAUCUCGGGAAGAGCACGGAGGGUUCCAAAGUCUCAACGGUGAUCACCACAAUUGCGUUGGAUGCAGAUUUCCCUUCGUCAGUAGCCGGUGCUUCGACCGAAGUACCAGCGAUUCUGGAGGACGACAAAUCAGACGACGGCUUGAAGACGGCUGACCCCGAGAGAAACGCAUCAGACGAUGAGAGACAGCUUGUCAAUGGCGGUGUAGUCAUCAGAGAUGGCCACUUUGGCUUGAAGGAACAUGCCGUCGCAUCGAUUCUUUCCACAUCUAGCGGAAAUGGUGCUGCAAUCGUGCAAGUCUUUGGUGCUGAACGGCUGUAA